AUGGAAAAGACCUAUAAACUGAAAGGAACACCGUUCGGCAUCGACAGGCAAUACCCCAGAGAAAUAGCCAGAGCACGAUCAGAGCUGUACAAUAGCCACGAAGCACGUGACGCGAGAAGCAGACGCCUUAAAAUGCAGAUCCGAUACCCAGCAAGACUAUAUGUUGAGGGGAAAAUGGUUAAGGAUAAAUUCCCAGACUGGUACGACAUGAAUGGACUGAAGCCAUACAACCGGACCGCCGAGCAGAUGUUUCUCACGGAGGACCUGAACCAAGACGGCAUCAUGACCAUCGCGGAGAUAGACGCAGUCUUCGACAAAUACGACGCCAACGGCGACGGCAGUGAGACGCGAAACGAGUACACGAUGCGCAUCUGCGGCACGGACCCGGACCUGUACCAGCUGAGCAACUACCUGUAUGACGACUAUGACGUGGACGGGGACCACCACCUAGACAAGCACGACUACGAGGCAUUCCAUCUCAAGAUGGACUCCAACGCUGACGGUCAAGUGGAUAAAACUGAAUUUGUCGUAUAUUGGGUUCAUCUUUUCGAAAAGUACGAAUGGAUGGGAGUCCAUGGUCAGAUGGGACACUGUCACUAAACAACGUCGCUGUUGUACAUUCGGCACUAAAACCCGUCUUAUUUGUAUAAGCUCUUGGUUAAUUUGUGUGUUCGGUAAUACAUCUUUGAUCCACAGAGUUUCUCUUGUUUCAUUUCAACAGAUGCUUGUAUGUAUUACAUGUAUAUUAAUAUGACAUGGAAUCAAUUGCAAUGUAUCUGUCAUCAAAAUAAAAAAAGUCUAAUAUUUUUUCUCAAUAAACAGGAUCAAUUUUAA